AUGGAGUCCAAUCUGGUGGACAGCGACAUCGAUUGCACAGAAGUUGCGUCGGGUGCUCUGGUUAUGAUGGUUCAGCGUGGACUUUUCUACGCAGAAGCGGAGUUUCGUGCCAUGGCCAACCCCGAUAAUACCCCGAUGCUUGAUGAGAAGACGGACACCCUUGGGCUCAUAGAAGCAGUUAUGACCGAGCCUCCUCUCAGCAAAUUCCGUAAUUCCCAAGCAGUUCCUGUAUCGAAUAGUGAAACAGCUACCCCUGCAAUGAUGUCACCGUCCCGAAACAAUGGCACUACGUUAGGUGUUCAUGGAAAGAAGCAACAAGCUGCUCAACAGGCGUCUAGUUUGACUGAUGUGACCGCCCCACGAGCUGUUACUAGUGAUUCCAAUGGUGUCCGCCAUACCGAUGCUCUUGAAUUUCCCGAGGAUAAAGUUCGUUUCCUGAAAUGUCAUAGCAGUGAAGUGUUUAUCUGCGCUUGGAACCCAGUGGAGGAUCUCAUGGCUUCCGGGUCAGGAGAUUCGACAGCCCGAAUUUGGAACCUGGCCGGUUCAGAAAAUCCCGCAACACCUUCUAGAGAGUUCGAAGCACGAACGAAGGUUUUGAAACACUGCACAUCUGGGGAAUCUGAGAAAGCGCAGCAACCAUCGAACAAGGACGUGACGAGUCUUGAUUGGGACGCCGCUGGUGACCUUCUAGCAACCGGUUGCUACGACGGCUUUGCAAGAAUAUGGACAGCUGAAGGACGCCUCCGCUGUACAUUAGGAGCUCACAAAGGUCCUAUUUUUGCUCUCAAAUGGAACUCAAAAGGCGACUAUAUCUUAUCGGCUGGUGUGGAUAAGUCGACCAUCGUAUGGGAUGCUGUUAAAGGCCAACAAGUACAACAAUUCCAUUUCCAUACGGCGUCCGCUCUUGAUGUCGAUUGGAUCACGAACGACACUUUUGCUUCAUGUUCUACGGAUAAAUCAAUCCAUGUCAGUCGUCUUGGAUGUGACAAGCCGAUUCGAACAUACCUGGGACAUCGAAAUGAAGUGAAUGCUAUCAAGUACGACCAGCAUUCGAAUAGACUCGCAUCGUGUUCUGAUGACAUGUCUUUAAAGAUUUGGUCACUACAAGAAGACCAGCCGGUUUACGACUGGAAGGCACACGAGAAAGAAAUCUACACAAUACGGUGGAGUCCACUUGGCCAUAUGUUAGCGAGUGCGUCAUUUGACCACACCGUCCGUCUCUGGGACGUAAGACGUGGUGAACUCGUCCGGACAUUAUCUCGUCACAAUGACCCCGUAUACUCGGUCUCAUUUUCACCGGACGGACGUUACGUGGCUUCUGGUUGUUUCGAUCGAUCUGUGUUCAUUUGGGAUAUACAGACGGGUAAAUUACUGCAAAGUUACGUUGGUGAGAAGCGGAAAGGUGGUAUCUUCGAGGUGAGCUGGAAUUCUCGAGGAGAAAAGGUGGCAGCAAGCGCCAGUGAUGGAACGGUGAUUCUGCUCGAUGUUCGUCAUAUAAAAAAUCGCCUUCCGUAG